AUGGCUAGUUUUCUAGGAUCUAUGGAGCAAUCACGGUUUGGAGCCAUUAAUGGAGGCGGAGGAACAAAACUAUGCAUCAGUGGAGACAAAUUAUGGCCCAUGGAAGCAGGUGGAGUAGAAGGAAUUGGUGGUGGAGAAGAAUUAUUGCCAAUGGAAUCAGGUGGAGCAGAAUUAUUUGUUAGUGGUGGAGAGGAUUUUCUGUCCACGGAAGUAUGCGGAGCAAAAUUAAGCACCAGUGGUAUGAGGAUGAAUACCUCCGAGUCUGUGGCAAACUUUAUCCAGCUUCGAUCGGUAAACUUUCAUUUCACAAAGCCACUCUAUGGCAACUGGUCAAUAGAGUUAAGCACCGGUGUUGUAGAGGAAUUAUUGCCCAUGGAAGAAGGUAAAAAGAUCUUUGGAGGAGCCCAAAGGGAAACCUUCAUCGGCAGAGGUGAAUAAUCAUUUUCUUUUCGUCGACAUGCAUAUGUACACAUGGUCUUUUCUGAGUUUAUCACUCUGAUGUCAUUUUUUCUCAAGCUAACUUGAUUUUAUGCAAUUAUGUUGACAUGUUGAGGGACCACUAAUGGGGCACUUUAUAUAGUUAGGCUAAACAUUUUUCUUGGUGUCGUCGGAUAGAAAUAUAUCCACAUAACACUAUCCGAUCAACAUAGUAAUUAUUCAAUUUGAGAAAUUCUUGGAACAGAGUGA